CAGUGAAAACACACCGGUCCCGGGAGUGAGAGGGUAGGAUGCGCACCCGGAUAGGUCGCAAAAUAUAACCAGAAGGCCUAUCCAUUUACGAGAAGUUUCAGUUUGGUGCUGCUGAAGAUGAAGAUUGCAGAUGCGUCCUGAGAGCCACACGCGUGCAAAGCUGAAGAUAGACCGCGCAGUUUGAAAGAGCCCAAGUCACAAUGGAGUCCUUUGCAUCAAAGCAGCUCUGUCACCUUCACAGUAGGCCACACAGACUCCUGCUGUCCUUGUUUGUAAUAGUAUGUUUGGUGGCCGUUAUUUCUACUGAUGAAGAUUAUUAUAAGCUAUUGGGGGUGUCCCGGGAAGCUAGCACCAGAGAGAUCCGACAGGCCUUUAAAAAGUUGGCGCUGACCAUGCACCCUGACAAAAACCCGAACGAUCCUAGCGCCCACGACAGGUUCCUGAAGAUAAACCGGGCCUACGAGGUGCUGAAGGACGAGGACCUGAGGAAGAAGUACGACAAGUAUGGGGAGAAGGGGCUGGAUGACAGCCAGCAGGGCGGCCGAUACGAGAGCUGGAACUUCUACCGAUACGACUUCGGUAUCUAUGAUGAUGAUGCUGAGAUCAUCACAUUAGACAAAUCGGACUUUGACGCGGCAGUGAACUCUGGAGAGCUGUGGUUUGUGAACUUCUACUUCCCGCGCUGCUCUCACUGUCACCAGCUGGCUCCCACGUGGAGGGAGUUUGCUAAGGAGAUGGACGGAGUGAUCAGGAUCGGGGCUGUGAACUGCGGGGACAACGGAAGGCUGUGCCGCAGCAAAGGAAUCAGCAGCUACCCCAGCCUUUACAUAUUCAAAGCUGGAAUGAAUCCAGAGAAGUACUUUGGAGACCGAUCGAAGGAGACUUUGACCAAGUUUGCAAUGCAGUUUGUGAAGACCAAAGUCACAGAGCUGUGGCAAGGAAAUCUCUUUAAAGAGAUUGAACACGCCUUUGGGUCUGGAAUCGGGUGGCUGAUUACGUUUUGUGCAGAUACUGGAGAUUGUCUGGCUGCGCAGACUAGGCAGAAAUUAGCAGGAAUGUUGGAGGGCCUGGUGAACGUGGGCUGGAUGGACUGCACCAGGCAGGUGGAUCUGUGCGAGAGCUUCGACGUGACGUCCAGCAGCACGGCCUACUUCCCCCCCGGCAGCACCCUGAGGGAGAGGGGCAGUGUGCUGUUCCUCCAGAGUCUGGAUGCGAGGGAGAUCUACAAUGAGGUGCUGCAGCACCUGCCAGAGCUGGAGACGCUCACGAAGGAAACGUUCAAGGACAAGCUGGCCCACCAUCGCUGGCUCGUCAGCUUCUCCUUCGCACAGAAGGACAUGGCCGCACACGAGUACAAGAAGCUCAAGGCCUUUCUGAAAGACGCUCAUAUUCAGGUGGGCACGGUCGACUGCCUGACCGAGACAGAUCUCUGCAGCUCCCUGUACAUCCAGAAGCCCUGCAUUGCCGUCUUCAAAGGCCUGGGGGUCAACGACUUUGAGAUCCACCACGGAAAGGACGUCCUGUACAACAUCGUGGCGUUUGCGAAGGACAGUGUCAGUGCCCAUGUUACCACCCUGAGGCCAGAGAACUUCCCCAACCGCGAGAAGGAGCCCUGGCUGGUGGACUUCUUUGCCCCCUGGUGUCCUCCUUGCCGUGCUCUGCUCCCGGAGCUCAGGAAGGCCUCCAUCCAGCUGUUUGGCCAGCUGAAGUUCGGGACCCUGGACUGCACUGUGCAUGAGGGACUCUGUAGCAUGUACAAUAUCCACGCCUAUCCCACGACGGUCAUAUUCAACCAGUCCAACAUCCACGAGUACGAGGGCCACCACACGGCCGACGGCAUUCUGGAGUUCAUUGAGGACCUGGUCAACCCCUCAGUGGUCAUCCUGACACCAGACACCUUCCAGGAGCUGGUGAAGAGGAGGAAGCCCAAAGAGACAUGGAUGGUGGACUUCUACGCACCCUGGUGUGGGCCCUGCCAGGCCCUGCUGCCCGAGUGGAGGAGGAUGGCACGGCUUGUGAACGGGAUGAUCAACGUGGGCACAGUGGACUGUCAGAAGCACCACUCCUUCUGCCAGAGAGAGAGCGUGCGAGCAUACCCCGAGAUUCGGCUGUUCCCACAGAACGCCCCCCGCCAGGACCAGUACCAGAGCUACAAUGGCUGGCACAGAGACGCUCACUCCCUCAGGGCCUGGGGUCUGGGGUCUCUUCCCAGGGCGUCGGUGGACCUGACCCCUGAGGACUUCAGGAAUAAGGUCCUCAGAGGGAAGGAGCACUGGGUCCUGGACUUCUAUGCCCCCUGGUGUGGCCCCUGUCAGCACUUCGCACCCGAGUUCGAGGUUUUCGCCCGGAUGAUGAAGGGGACCGUGAGGGCAGGGAAAGUGGACUGCCAGGCCCAUGCUCAGUUGUGCCAGAAUGCGGGAAUCCGGGCCUACCCCACCGUCCGCUUCUACCCCUACCUGGGCACCAAGAGGCUGGAACAGGGCGGGGAGUACAUAAACAGCCGAGAUGCAAACGUCAUCGUGGACAUCGUGCAGCAGAGGCUGCAGCAGCUCUCUCCACAGGGCAGGUCCUCCACGCUGAAGGAUGAACUGUAAAUGUUGGGGGAACGGGAGUGAUGUGCUGGAUGCACAGAUCCAGUAAAACACGUCUACUGGAAGAGGAACCGAUCCAACACGGACGCACAGACUAAACAAAAGACUCUUUAACCAGAGAUUUGUUCAGGAGGCUUACUGGCGAGGGUCAGUAUGGUGAUCUCAUUGUGUUACUGCGCCGGUCCUGGCUGGGAGUGUGAAAGAGGCCUUUUUUUUUACAGUGUGACUUUCUGUAAUUGUGUGGACAGUCUGUCAUUUCUUCAGGUGGUAACUGUUGAGCAUGUAAAAAUGUGUGUAUGUAUCAAAACAGUGUGUACUCUGAAUGUAUUGUCCAGUAUCGCUGACGAUGCUGUUUACUUUUGUGUAAAGAACUGACUAUUUAUAAGGUUUCCGGUAUUUUCUCAUGUAUUGAACCUGUGAAACGUUCAGCAGUGGGUUACUCGCACACAUCACACUGUAAUGAAAAAUUUGGGGUGUACUGUAUUUUUUUUGGGUAUUGCUGUAUUUGAGAUACUGACACACACCUGUUUUACACACACUCCUGUUUUUAUAUAGUUCAUCUGGAGGUCAUUCAUAAACGGUCAAUUAGCACGAGGAGCUUUUUCCUACAUGUCUAUGAAGUGUUCGUCUUCAUGGAAGCCUGCCUGUCCCCUCAUAUAAAAAUGUCCUCUGUGCUGCUAAAUUUCACCAUCCUACAUGAUCUCGAGCUGUUUUGCAAAGUUGAGUUUUAGCUGUGGUUCUGUUCUACAGUGGAAGGACAAUGUACAAGUUUCCAUAAUGUCACCUCUGUCAAAAACAAAUGUAAUGCACAUGAUGGUAUUUUAUAAUUUGAAAGUAUUGAUUACUGGAUCCUUUCAAAGUGACCUUUAGUUGUGGAUCAUUUUAAAUGCUCCAAAAUGUUUGUGUUUUCCCCCCUUUU